GGUCAACCAGCUCCGAGUCCUGGUCACACUCUCUUCAUCAUCUUCAAAACACCAUAGACAUCUUGGGAUAUCAUCAAGAUGUCGACAAACAACAAUGCUCAUGAGAGCACGCCUCUAUUACGAGGUCACGACGGUGCGGAUGAGAGCGGAGACGCCCGCGAUGCCUCGACUUGGCAACGCGUAAAGAGCUGGAUCUCUUCCCAUACCGUCAACCUCAUCCUGACUGCACUACUUGCUGUCUUUGUCGUCUUGUUCCUGGUGACAGCCUUCAUCCAGGUGUCCAACGGCGACGAUGACGAGAAGCCUCCUGCUGAGCCGACGCCAGGUGAAGGAACUGAGAUAUGCACCUCGGCUGGCUGUGUCCUGGCUGCUUCUACACUUCUCCGCAGCAUCUCGUCAAGAUACAAAGACCUCGAUCCGUGUGAUGACUUUCGCACCUACGUCUGUGAGGGUUUCGACGCCGUCCACGAGAUCCGUGAGGACCAGACCGGCGUUGGCAGCCUCCAGAUCAUGAGCGAGGAGGGCCAGCUCCUACUCAAGCGAAUCCUCGAGUCACCCGAGCCUGCAGAGACAUCCUUGUUCUGGACAGCGUCUUCACCGGACAAGGAGAUAUACCGCAAGUUGCACGAUGGAUACAACGCCUGCUUGAACGAGACUCAGCUGAAGUCGGUUGGUUCUAAGCCUCUGCUGGACCUCCUCACCGGACUGGGGGACCUCUACCCAGUGAAGGCGCCAAAGGGGAAGAAAGACACUUCACUCACGGAUGCCGUGGAGUACCUUAUUGCAAAUGGAAUCAGAGGUCCUAUCUCAAUUGGUGUUGGUGCUGACGACAAGAAUCCCGAUUCCAACGUCAUCGCGCUCAGCCCCCCGUGGUCCUUUGGUCUACCCUCCAAGCAGUACUACAACCGGAGUGAAAUCUCUGACGCCUACAAGGAGACCAUCGGUGCAGUGCUAGAGGCAUUGCGCAAGGAGGCGUCACCCAUGCACAAUGUGCUCUCGACGUUCGACAACCCAGACGCCCCUGCAACACUGAACAAAAAGCUGGUCGACAGCCUGGUCGGUUUCGAGUACAGCUUGGCCCAGGCAUCACCCGAUCCCGAGGAUCUCUCCGACAUCACCAAGGUCUACAACCCUCGAACUUUGGAUGAAGCUGAAUCCUACAACCCUGAAAUCUCGGUCAAGGAUAUUGUUCGCGUCUUCGCCAGUGGCUACCAGCCAUCCAAGAUCAUUGUAGCCUCGCCGGAUUACUUGAAGGCUCUGUCAAAGAUCCUCAAGUCAGAGAGCCGUGAGGUCAUACAAGCAUACCUUGCCUGGAAAGUGGUGCAGACCUGGGGAGGUUCUGUUGAGGACGACAGCGUGGAGCCGCUCCGCCGGUUUAACAACAAGCUCCAGGGCAAGGACCCAGACGUCAGAGCCGAAAGGUGGAGGACGUGUAUCAGUGUCGUCGACAAUGAUCUCCCCUGGAUUCUGAGUCGCUUCUUCAUCGAGCGGGCAUUCUCCAAGGAGGCGAAAGACCUCGGCGAUCAGAUCAUCCACGACAUCAAGGACUCUUUCGUCGUCAAACUCGAGCACUCAGAAUGGAUGACCAAGAAGGUGCGAGAGUUUGCUAUCGACAAGGUGCAUCUCAUCAGACAGAAAAUCGGGUACCCCACGGCGAGCCCAGAUGUGACCAAUGCCAAGGAGCUCCAAAAGUACUACAGCGACGUCAACAUCUCCGCCGAUUCUUUCUUUGCCAACCGUCUCUCGUCCACCAGACUCGAUGUUCGGCGCGAGUGGGCUCAGGCCGGCAAGCCUGUUGACAAGGCCGAGUGGGACAUGUCUGCACCAACGGUGAACGCCUACUACAACCCGCCCGGAAACGAGAUCGUGUUCCCUGCUGGCAUCAUGCAGGCCCCCGUCUUCUAUGAUCCGUCGCUCCCGAAGUAUCUGUCUUAUGGAGCGUUCGGUGCCGUCGCAGGCCACGAGCUAUCUCACGCUUUUGAUUCAUCCGGUCGGAAUUAUGACCAGAACGGCAACUAUAGUGAUUGGUGGGACAAGUCUACCAUCGAGGCCUUCAAGCACAAGACGGACUGCUUUGUGGAGCAGUAUCACAACUACACCAUCCCGACCAAGGACGGCGAUCUGCCCAUCAACGGACAGCUCACCCUUGGCGAGAACAUCGCUGAUGCAGGCGGUCUGACUGCUGCUUUCCAGUCUUGGCGCCGUCGGGACGAUGAGAAGGCCGAUCUGAUUCUUCCCGGCCUGGAACACUUUUCCAAGGAGCAAAUCUUCUUCCUCGCAUACGGACUCACCUGGUGCGGAAAGACCAGGGAGGAGGAGGCGAUCCGGAGGAUCUACACUGACCCUCACAGCCCCGCCUCGUACAGAAUCCAGGGCACAACCGCCAAUUCUCGGGAGUUCCGAGAGGCGUUCAAGUGUCCCGUCAAGGAGCCAACUUGCGAACUGUGGUAAAUUGUCCGAUCACAAAACCAAAAGCUUUGUCGUUUUCAAUCCGGCUGGGCAAGGGUUCGGGCGUACACGUGUUGACUAGGCACACAAAAUUGCAUGGGAGGGCAUCGUUGCGGGUCAUGUAGUCAAUUACUGUACAAGCUAUCUUCCUCCGAGCACAAGACAAGCUCCAGCGGUAUGUCCUGGAGCUCGUAGUGCACCGGCAUCCCCGGCGGCGGCGACCUGAGACUAAAGUCUGACGGCCGCCGUCCCCUCCCAUCCUGUAUCUUGCGCCCGUAGGAGUAUCUCCGGUCCAGGCCCACCGACGGCCGUCUCGACCACCGCUGUGUCCCUGCCGCUGCCCACGUGCUGCUACCGUCGUUGCUGUCCCAGCCCCAGCCCGCCAGUCGGCCCGAUGAAGACGAGGAGGAAUCCUGCUCAAAGUCCUUGCUCACCACGCACCGCACGUGGAUCGCCCACUGCGGCGCGGUGCGGUUGAGGUCGCUGCGCCCGUGGAUGUCGCGGUCUGUCGGGCGCGGCCAGGGGACCUGGUCGUCGCCGCCGCUGCAGCCUGCACUCAAUCCGGCCUCGGUGGUGGACGAAUUUGUGGCUGUCGAGUUUGUGCAGGAGCCGCGCCUGCUUGUUGGCGUCAGGAAGUCGAGGCAGCUGUAGUCGACCUGGGUGAAGAGGUCCAGGUCGGCGUCGUAGUCGAAGUAGUCGACCUCGUAGGCGGGGCUGGAGGCCGAGUCGAC